AUGCCAUCAGAGUCCGCCCCGGCCGGACGACUCAGGGCCGAGCGGCAUUGGCUGCCCUUCACUGACAGCGAUUUUGCAGGCACGCGACAGAGAGAAAGAGAAGAGCCGGGGACUCGAGGCCCGAGGGAGAGGCGGGCGGCGCGAUGCCGCUCCCCGCGAGCUCCGGGUCCCCGAGAGGCUGGCGGGGAGGCGAGGCUUGGCCAGCCCGCCACGCUCAGGCGGCCGAGGGCAGCGAGGUCAGCCCUGGAAGGGCCGACCGCCCCCACGCCCCCUGGGGAGGGAGGCGACCGCGCUCGGCCGGCCGGGGCUGCGGACGCCCAUUCAGCCCGAAGCCCGUCCACGGCCGCCACCCCCUCGGCCCGCCGCGGCGUCCCGGCCUCCCCGCGCCGGCCAGCGGGCCGCCCCGCCGCCACCCCCGGGAGGAUGGGGAAGGACGAGGCGCAGGGGCCGCGGGGGCCGCGCCUCCGGGGCGCGCGGCAAAGGCUGAAGGGCGGCCCGCGGGACUCGCGCCGGCCCGAGGGACGGGCGCCCCGGGCGGCCAUCGCGCCGACCCCCGCGCCGACCCCCGCCCCCGCCGCUUCCCCGUCCAGGCCGCCGCCGCCGUCCAGCCCGCUCCUCACCUCAUCUCCAGGCGGGUCCGCGCGGCAGCCCCAGGGACAAAUCAGUGCAGCUCACUCGCCGCGGGGAGGGACGCAGGAGCCGCAGCCCCGCACACCAUCCCCGCCCGCCGGCCCGUGCGUCCCGGAGCCCGCUCGGGAUUCUCCCUCGCGAGCCGCCGUACUACGGAGCAACCAAGCUGCGCUCCCUCCCCUCUCCUCCGCUCUUCUCUACCUCCUUCGCUCCCUCCCUCGCUCCCUCGCUCCCACCUAUCUCCUCAUCUCCCUCCGCAGCCUCUCCCGCCCUCCUCCACCCCUCCAUCUCCGCCCACAGAUGGGUGGGAACGAACAGUCGGCCAAUCGGGAGAAGAGGCCCGCACCUCCUCACCGCCCCCUACCGCUACGCCCGCCCACCGCAGGAGAGAGGGAGGGGGCAAUUAAAAAAGAUGGAAGAGGACGGAGUGACAGCCAAAGUAGCCAACCAGUAAGCGCAAAGGGUGUGGGCGGGGAGGACGGCCUUGUCUCCCCGCCCCCUUCCCAGAAGGCGUAA